CGCAGUCGGGGCGCGGGGGGGGGCCGAGUCGGGUCGGUGUCGCUGGCGCGUCCUCCGCCUGUCGCGACAUCAGGGCGGCGAUAAUGGUGGAUUACCACAGCGCGGGGCAGCCCCACCCGUACGGCGGGAACGGGCCCGGCCCCAAUGGCGACUACAUGGCCCAGGAGGACGACUGGGAUCGGGAUCUGCUCCUGGACCCCGCCUGGGAGAAGCAGCAGCGCAAGACGUUCACGGCCUGGUGCAACUCCCACCUGCGCAAGGCCGGCACGCAGAUCGAGAACAUCGACGAGGAUUUCCGGGACGGGCUCAAGCUGAUGCUGCUGCUCGAGGUCAUCUCAGGCGAGCGGCUCCCGAAGCCCGAGCGGGGCAAGAUGAGGGUGCACAAGAUCAACAACGUCAACAAGGCCCUGGACUUCAUCGCCAGCAAGGGCGUCAAGCUCGUCUCCAUCGGCGCUGAGGAGAUCGUGGACGGGAACGCCAAGAUGACGCUGGGCAUGAUCUGGACGAUCAUCCUGCGCUUCGCCAUCCAGGACAUCUCCGUGGAGGGUAACGCCACGGCAGCGGCUCUGGGACCGGGGGAUCCACGCGGGAUCUUCCCGUUUUCCCCCAGCUGGAAGGACGGGCUGGCCUUCAACGCCCUCAUCCACCGGCACCGCCCGGAGCUGAUCGAGUACGACAAGCUGCGGAAGGACGACCCCGUCACCAACCUCAACAACGCCUUCGAGGUGGCCGAGAAGUACCUGGACAUUCCCAAGAUGCUGGACGCCGAGGACAUCGUGAACACGGCGCGGCCGGACGAGAAGGCCAUCAUGACCUACGUGUCCAGCUUCUACCACGCCUUCUCCGGGGCCCAGAAGGUACCGGGGGCUUCCUCCCGGAUCCGCCCUUCCGGAAUCUUCCUCCCGGAUCCGCCCUUCUGGAAUUUUCCCCCCUGGAUCCCCCCCCUCACCUCUGGAAUUCUCUCUCCGCUCUGGCGCUCGCUUCUCUUCCAGCCGCGGCCGCUGUCGCUCGGGGGGGCUCCGGGACCACCCCCAGCUGGCUCAUGAGGGGUUAAAUCCGCC